CGGCGGCACCGGGUACGAGGGGAACGGGGGGGCCCCGGCCCCGGCCCCUCCCCACAGCCGCGCUGUGUCCGUGUGCGCCGUCCCGGGGCUGCAGGGGCGGGUCGCCCCGAGCGCUGCGGCCCCGCCGGCACCGUGCGCGCUGCCCUGGCGCUGCUCGUGCUGUGCCGCCCUGCCGAGCCCUGGUACCGGCAGGCGGCUCGGCCCCGCCACUACUCGGUGGGCAGAGCCUCGGGUUUGCUCUCCAGCCUCCGCCGCUCCCCCGCCGCUCCGACACCGACGGCUCUUCCGAGCCCGGCGCCGCCCCGCUUGGCCCGCGCGCUCCGCGCCACCUUGCUGUGCGUGACGGAUGUGGCCCCCGAGCCGCGGAGCUGCCGGGCGCUGCCGGGAGUGCCCCGAGCUCUCCGGUGCAGGGCGGAUGUGAGCGUGUCCUGGGACCCUGUGGAGUGUGCGGUGUCCUGAGCCAGCGCUGGUGGCACUGGGGAAACAAUAAACGUGCCUGGGCUGGC